AUGACCUCUCAAGAACGCCUACUUCCAGAUCACACGAAACGGCAAGUGUUGAUACUGCACAUGCCGGUAAAUCUUCGAAUCAAAUCUCGACGCAAAAAGGCGUUGCCACAACAGGUUCUACCAACCGAUCAGCUACUUACCAUGACUUGUAUCUGUUUGAUUGAAUUAUUAGCCAACGAACUGUUUAAAGACGCAAUGGAAAUACUUAAGAGCAUUGAGUCGUCCUCCAAAGAAAAUGCCCGAAAGAGUAACGAAGACGAAUCGGAUAUUUCUAUAUCCUCAUUACUUCCAUUACCAGUACGCGUCGUUGUAAGGGUAUUGCUAUCACUCUUUUCAAUGAGUGGUCAGACUACAGACGACUCGAGGCCUAAGAAAUCUUUCCCUUAUCAACCGUUGCAUCCGCAUCUAAUUGCCGCCGUCAAGUUGCUAAGCGAAGCAGGACUAGGACUUGGCCAUGACGAUUCCCUAUUCACUCUCGCAGAAAUGAACUUUGUAAGACAUCGUACUCGUAUAAUAGCCAUAUUCCAUCCUCGCAAUCUGAACCAAGCCUUUUAUUACUACAAACAACUUGCUGAUCGUUCGGGAAAUGCUACAGCACAGCAAAUGGUAGGCUUUAUGUAUGCUACGGGUAUCGGUGUUGUCCAAAGAGAUCAGGCAAAGGCACUCGUGUAUCAUACGUUUGCUGCCCUGGGACAUGACGUUGCUGCUGAAAUGACUCUUGGAUAUCGGUAUUACGCGGGGAUAGGCGUAUCGCCUAACUGCGAGGAUUCGCUGUUUUAUUAUGAGCGAGUUGCUGAUAAAGCUGUCGAAUACUACCGAUCGGGCCCUCCUCUAGGUCGCCAACUGCCUCCGCUUAAAUUGCGCCUUUCUGAUAAAGAUGGCGGAGUUUACGGGGAAGGGGCAAGUGGAUCUUCGUUGAGACCUCAGCUCAAACCAAUAGAUUCCGCAACUUGGAAUGAUAUUCUUGAUUAUUAUCGCUAUCUUGCUAAUAAUAAUGAUAUCAAGGCACAGCUCGGUCGAUUGUUCUAUACAGGAAUCCGUGAAAUUCCACAAGAUUUUUCCAACGCACAUAACUAUUUAUUGAAAGUUGCGCGACGAGUAUGGCCGUCCGAUGAGGGAAAGGAAAAAUUACCAGCAAAACCGGAUGUUAUUCGGAAGGCUGCGAAGGCCGCUGGGCUCCUAGGUCGUUUAUACUGGCGCGGUGAGGGAGUAGCGCAGGACAAUAAUAGGGCUCUUUUCUGGUUCUGGAGGGGUGCAAAAGAGCACGACUCAACUUCUCUUGCCUGUAUUGGAAUAAUGUUUUUGGAAGGCGUUCGUUAUAAAGAUGAAAUUUUAGUUGAACAGAAUUUUGAUAAAGCUAAGGAAUUCCUUACGGCGGCGUCAGAAAAUGAUGAUUCAGAUGCAGACGCACAAGUUUAUUUAGGACUUCUUCAUUUAAGGAACAAGGAUUUAGCUAAUGCAAAAAAACGGUUCGAACAAGCGGCUGAGCAUGCUCAUUUCUUGGCCUAUUACCAUUUAGGGCAGAUGUAUGCAAAGGGUCUCGGAGCACCAAAGUCAUGUGAAAGCGCGGUUAUUCUUUAUAAGAAUGUGGCCGAGCGAGGAGAUUGGCUUCAUUCACCUUUUUCUGCUGCCACUGAGGCCUAUGAAGCAGGAGAUGAAGAGACAGCUCUUCUUUAUUUCAUGUUGGCGGCAGAGAGAGGCUACGAGAUUGCUCAGGCAAAUGUUGCUUGGUUAUUAGAUCCUGGUAGGGAAUGGUUAAUCUCGUUAUAUGAUGAACAGGGUUUUCUAAAUAAAGCAAAAUGGAAGUUUCGAUCCUCAUUUACGGGCGAUGUCGUGCGCGAGAAAUUGGCACUAAUAUAUUGGACUCGUGCAGCAAUACAAGGCAAUCUGGAUGCAAAAGUAAAGAGGGGAGAUUAUUACUUUAACGGCAUCGGAACUGAUAUUGAUUAUAAGAAGGCUAAAGAAUGUUAUUAUGAAGCAUCAUCAGAAAGUGCAAUAGCAAUGUGGAACUUGGGGUGGAUACAUGAAAGUGGUAUUGGGGUGACUCAGGAUUUCGAUCUUGCCAAACGGUGGUAUGAUCGAUCUCUAGCCAGUAACCCAGCAGCUUAUCUUCCGGUAACGUUAUCGUUGUUGAAGCUAUCCGCUCAUCGUAUUUGGAACUACCUGAAUGGUGGAGACAAUUCUAUAAUUAAUUCCGAUGACGUUGAUGACUCUGAAAUAUUAAACGAAGUACGACAUAGACCAAAAGGACAGCAGAGGGAAGGAGUUUGGGAUAGUGAGGAAGAAAAAUUGCUGAAAGAUUAUAACAAGAGAAACAAAGGGGAUGAUGAGUCCGGAUAUAGCACAGAAUCACACGAUGACCAUGAUUAUCCGGAAGAGAAGAAACAAGAAGAGGACGUUGUUGAGACUUUGAUGAUUCUGGCAAUGUGCCUGUUGGUUGGGUUCUUGGUGUAUAUUCGCCAAUUGAGAUGGAAUCAAGAAAACAAUAGAGCAAGGGGACAAGGUAGGGUAGAUGGGAAUGAGAGAAAUCGAGAUGGAAGAGGUCAUCAAAAUGGAGGGAAUCGAUGGAUUGAUCGUUUUGCCAACUUGGCUGAGUUUGUGCAGUGA